AUGCUCCAAGGCCACAGCCCUGUGUCCCAGGCCUUGCUGGGGACCUUCGUCACCUGGGGGAUGACGGCGGCUGGGGCAGCUCUUGUGUUCGUAUUCUCUAGUGGACAGGUGAGUUGCCUCGGUUCGGUUCUGGGGGUUCUGGGGGUCAUGCUGGCUGCUUCCUAUUGGUCGCUUCUGGCCCCAGCGGUGGAGAUGGCUACGUCCUCUGGUGGCUUUGGUGCCUUGGCCUUUUUUCCUGUGGCUGUCGGCUUCACCCUCGGAGCUGCGUUUGUCUACCUGGCUGACCUCCUCAUGCCUCACCGGGGUGCAGCAGAAGACCCCCAGAUGGCCCUGGCACUGAACCCCGACCCUGCGUUCAUGAAGAAGUCUGAUGCUGAGGGUCCCAGGCUGUUCUUCCCCGAGAGUGAACUUUCCAUCCGGAUAGGUAGAGCUGGGCUUCUUUCAGACAAGAGUGAGAAUGGCGAGGCAUAUCAGCGGAAGAAGGCAGUGACCACCGACCUUCCAGAGGGCCCAGCUGCCCCCGUGCCGUCUCAAGGGAGCCUGGUGCUGCCCGGCGGCAGCAGCUGGAGGAGGAUCGUGCUACUCAUCUUGGCCAUCACCAUACACAACAUCCCAGAGGGUCUUGCUGUUGGAGUUGCAUUUGGGGCUGUAGAAAAGACGGCAUCUGCUACCUUUGAGAGCGCCAGGAAUUUAGCCAUUGGAAUCGGGAUCCAGAAUUUCCCAGAGGGCCUUGCUGUCAGCCUCCCGCUGCGAGGGGCUGGAUUCUCCACCUGGAGAGCCUUCUGGUACGGGCAGCUCAGCGGCAUGGUGGAGCCUCUGGCCGGGGUCUUUGGUGCCUUUGCCGUGGUGCUGGCGGAGCCCAUCCUGCCCUAUGCUCUGGCCUUUGCUGCCGGCGCCAUGGUCUAUGUGAUCAUGGAUGACAUCAUCCCCGAAGCCCACAUCAGUGGUAACGGGAAACUGGCGUCCUGGGCCUCCAUCCUGGGUUUUGUGGUGAUGAUGUCGUUGGAUGUUGGUCUGGGCUAG